AUGGAUCAACGCUCAAUGUCCGAAAAAGCUCAAAAUGAGGCAGACACCAAUAAUUUGGAUGUGUUCUCUUACCCCCGCUCAUCAUCCCCUUACCCCCACUCAUCAUCCCCACACCACAGGCCAGGCCAUAUCGGAGUCCCCCAUCGUCACGAGUCCCAUCACCACGGGGAGUCCCAUCACCAUGGUGAGUCCCGCCAUCAUGGCAUGUCCCAUCAUCAUGGUGGAUCUCACCACCCUCGUGAGUUCCAAGACUUCCGUGACAAUGCCUUCCCCCACCAGUCCCACCAAUCCUACCACCACAGUGAGGCCUAUGGUCAUGGCAGAGCCAACCGCCCCACAACCUCUGGUCUGGCUUCCUCACAUGGCACUGUCCUCUCCCACCAUUCCUAUGGUGAGGGACACUCUGAUGGUGAGCACCACCAUGGUAGCAGGAUUUAUCGUGGUGGGUCCCACCACCUUGGUGGAUCCUACCACCACGAUGGGCCCCCCCUCCGUGGAGAAUUUUACCACCAUGGUGGGCCCCACUUCCAAGGCGAAUCCUACCUUCAUGGUGGGUCCCGCCACCAUGGUGGAUCCUACCAUCAUGGUGGGUCCCACUAUGACAGUGAAUCCCACCACCAUGGUGGGUACUACCACCAUGGCAGGCCUCACCACAAUGGAGAGCCCUAUCACUAUGAUGGGUUCCACCACUAUGGCGGAUCUCACCAACAUAGGGGGCCCCACUAUCAUGAAGGGUCUCACCAUCUUGGUGAGAAUUUAUCCCACUCUUCCUAUGAUGCAUCCUACCACGACAGUGACUCCUACCAACAUGGUGGGUCCUACCAUCACAGUGAGGUAUCCUAUCUUGGAGGGCUCCUUCAUGGCAGGUCCAAUUAUCAUGAAGGCCACCACCAUGGCAGGCCCCAUCAUCAUGGCUCCCAUCACCACAGAAGGCCUCUUCAUCAUGAAGAGACCUUGUCCAAACACUCCUCCAUGUCGUCCUACCACCAUGGCAUACCUCGCCACCACAGCGAGCACCAUCGUGGUGAGCGCCACCCCAGUGAGUACCACCAGGGUGAGCAUCCCCACCGCAGAGACCACCUUGAUGGCGAGUACUCCCACCGCAGAGACCACCAUGAUGGCGAGCACCCCCACCAUGGCGAGCAGCAGCAGCAUAGAGAGCACCACCGUAGUGUGUACGAUCACCACCACAGAGAGCAUCAUUGGAGAGCCUCCCAACUCUCUGUCCCAUACAGAUCCCACAGCAUGGCUCAUGCCCUUUCUCAGACAGCAGCCUUCCAACCUAGUGUGGUACUGGACGGGGUCUCAGCCCCCAGCGGGACUCAGUCCCACAUUGCAAUUUCUGCAUAUGGCUCCAAGAUCUCUGGCAAAACCCAUUCCAAGGAUACUUCUCCCAAAGAUUCAGAAAGCUGGACUGAAGAAGAUGAGCAAUUUCAGAAGCGCAAAACCGGCAGAACCCAGCGGACCCACAAGAAGCAGCACACAAUGAACUUCUUCCACUGGCUGUGGGAAAAAUUAAGCUACCUCACUCAGGGCUUCAGAAGAAUGAUCUGGAAGCUGACUGAGUCCCUGGCCUUUGAAGCCUUCAUCUUCCUCAUCGUCUGCCUCAACACCAUCAUGCUGGUGACCCAGACCUUUGCUGAGGUCGAGCACUUCCUGCAGCUGGUGGCCGCGGUGGAGCAUCAGCAACAGAAGUUCCGCUCCCAGGCAUCGGUCAUCGAUGACAUUGUGGACACUGCAUUCGAG